GCAGUGCCUCAGGGCUCUGAGCUCUGGUAUCUUCUGCCUUGUUUUUGUGGUUAAGAAUUCUUCAGUUGUGGAAUGCUGACAAAGUUUGGCCCCAACGUUCUGGCUAUACUUCUUCUACCACCACAAGCUUCAGCAUGGCAGAAUCUCUCACCACCUUCUCUGAUCCAAGGACAGAAAUGAGCAUCCUGGAAACCAACCAGUACUUGUGCUCCCAGCUGGAAAAAAGCAAACAGAACUUCUGGAACCUCAUGGAGAAAUUCCUCACAUCCAAGGCUACUGCUUACAUCCUGGCCAACCAGCUGCAGAAAUACAAGAGUGAAGAGUACAAAGGCCUCAUCGAAUCCGUGCUGGAGGAAGAAGUGCAGUUUGACAGGGAGCUGGCAGAGAAGACAAGACCGACUGCAAGGCUUGGGAAAUAUGAUCCCCUGAUUCAGGCUCAGGCCCGAGAACUGACCCACUUACGACAGAGGAUACAGGAAGGGAAAGGUGUCUGUUAUCUUUUCAUUCAGCAUACAAAGAGCAUGGUCAAGUCUUUUAAGGGCAUCCUCAGGAGCACUGACAUUGCCCACUACCAGGGACAGAGAUUCUGUGAACAACUGGCCCACGGAAGCCAGCUGGCAGAGAACCUUGCCAGCAAACUCGUCACUGAAAAUUACAAUGAUAAGAAGGAUGAAGAUGGACAGGAGCCAUUGGCACCCAGGCUCAGCAAGGAGCUCCAGGAGGAAGUGAAUGAAGCCCAGGAAGACUCACUAGAUGAACGGUAUUUGACUCAUUCCAGUCGCUGUGACUCUGACCAGCCUCCCAGCAGCAGUGCCUUCCCCUCUGAUGUGCAGGAAGCCAGUUCUGCUGUGGAAGUCACCAAAGAUGAGAUCCACAACCUGUACCAGCACCUGAGGGAAAUUCUUUUCAUCAAUGACUGCCUUCAAGAAAAGCUGGAACAUCAUCUCAGCAUUUCUGACCAAGGAAACGGAUGCACGUCUAACCUUAACAGGCAGAGCUUGGAGUCUGCUUCCCAGCUGUACAAUGAAAACAGAGGUAUCAGGGAAGAAAGUCUGAGCCUUCUGGCUCACCUGAAUCGUAUUUCCAGAGGUAAGUGGUCAAAACCCACGAGACAGUCUAUCGCCCUGGACCCUCAAGGAGGACAAUCAGCCUCGUUGUCUUGUGCUCUUCUUAUUUUUCCAGCGACAUGCUUAUAUAUCCUCACACAGCCAAUGAGCGCAUAGAGUACAGAAGGGGGCGAAUCACAGAGGGAGGCUAAGCAAGAUGACUGCGCCAGCAACCAAUGAUAUACGCUUCCUCUUAGGGCGUUCUGCUUAGUCUUAUGAGGCAACUUUUCUUGGCAGCUCGCCAGGCGCCAUCUUUUAAUGGCGGAGGCCACCCUGGCCAGGGGCCUGCCUCCAACAACGGUCACUCUCAGCCUUCUUGUCUCUUGCCAUACCCAGCUAUAAAAACAAAAAGUGUUCAGGAGGCCACAGCUACCCAAAGCCUUGUGACUCACAAUUCUCAAUGUAGAGAGGGCUCCCUCUUAGGUGCUCCCUCUACAAGUCCCCAGACUCCAGGCUCCACGAAGGAGUACCUCUGAGAAAUGUAUCAUUUUAGGUAUAAACCACACCUCACUAAUGCAAGCCUGAGAAGAAAAGAACAAUCCUCAAAGGUGAGAGGACAUAAAACAAUAAUUUUAAUUGAGUAAAAUUUGCCAAGAUUAGAUAAACUCUGUCUUAGAAUGCUGAAAGAACAAGCAAACAGAAUUUAGAGGUCAGUAGUCUUUGAGGAAAUGUGAGGACCAGAAAUGAGCUUAAAAGGAGCAAAACCCCAAUUUUGAAAUGGAUGAAAAUAGGGCACUAAAAAAUUGAGAUAAGUGUAGCUUAUAUUGAUCCUUGGCAAAAUACAAAUUCAUUGCACUAAAACGAUAAUAUUCCAGUCACCUUAUGGUUCCCAGCUUGUACUAUUGAGAAAAGUCAAAUCAAACCAAAUUACCCUCAGGUUGGCAAAAAUAUUCACAAACCUGCAAAAUAUCUUCCACCUAUGCCCUAUACACCAGACUCAGUAUUUACUAAGUUUUUGCCAUGUGUAAUGCCCACCUCAAUAGACAUUCCUGCCUGAUCUUGUAGAUGUCAGUUAAGAAAGCUCCCCUAAGGGGUGCCUGGGUGGCUCAGUGGGUUAAGCCUCUGCCUUCAGCUCAAGUCAUGGCCUCAGC